AUACUACUUACAUCUGGGCCAGCCACGCCUGCUCUAUCUUAAAAGAUGUCCCUUUUCCCGUGGAAUGCUGACACGCAUUCUGGAAGUCAUCCACCGUCUACUUCUACGGGGUCUUCCUCUUCGUACCAGGUCCCGCAACUGCGGUGGCUUCCCUCUGCGUUUCAGCGUACUUCCAACACGCUGCCUGCUAUAUCGUCCACCCUGCGGCCUCGGGCAUCGGACCCUGCUCCAGUCGUAGACUCUCCGGCUCCAGGUACUCCGGCCAGCUCUGGCAACAAUGAUUCAGAUAGCCGUCCUGAUUCCAGGGGUCCUACUCAGCAAGAUGCUCCAGCUGAUGACGACUACUCUACUCUGAGCGCUCCGGGCGCUCAGCAGGGCGAAGAUUCCGGAACUGCUCUCGCCAGCUUUGCGGCACGGGCGGAAGCAGCUGAGAGUACGCCUAAAUAUGGAAAACGCUUGACUACGAAGGAGGAAGUGUGUCUUUUUGAGAUCUGUAACCAGCACGCGGCCACUUUUGGAGAACGCAACAAGCUGUGUGAUUGGUGGCAGACGGUAACGAAUGAGUUCACGCGCCAACAGGGUCAUCCAUAUUCAUGGCAUUCAGUGCGGCGCAAGGUUGAAAUCGUCUCUAAACAGCGCAUCAAAUUCUUGUCCGAGCAGAGAGCAAAUGGAGGCCAGGAUGCAUCGAACCCUGAAUGGCGGGCUGUUGUUGAUGCUUGGAUUCCGAAUUGGGAACGCUUCGAAGAGGCCGAAGCCAAGCGGAUUGAAAAUCGCGAUGCGCGCAAGGGCAGAAAGAGAAAAGACCGUCCAUGGAAGCCGUGGGAAGUGGCCACGGACAGGUGGAGGGCGCCGACAGGUCCGUCUGAUAAUCAAUAUAUGGCACCUCCAAUGACUCCAACGCAUCCGCAUCACCCCGGCUCUUCACAAGGAGUGAGGUUGCCCCCGGGGUUCGACACUAUGUUCUCCUCGAGACCCCUUCUGGCUGGUAUUGGAGACGCAGCGAGGGAGGGAGGCUAUUAUUCACCGUAUUCGCCUGUGCCGCAAGACCCCAACGUCACCUCCGCCAUUGUAGAGACUUUGACGACCAAGCUAAACAAGCAUCUUGACGCGGCAGCGUCGAACCCACGCUCAUCUCCUGUUGUCUCAGCAUUGGCGGCAUCGAACGCGGAGCCAGAAGCCGCUGCAGACAGGGACGCUUCAGCGGAUUCUCCCGAUGACUCUGCCGGUGCUCCAUCUUCUUCGAAUAAGCUCGAGGAACUUAAGGAAGAGCUCCGUGAGGAGUUCCGGCGAGAACUAGAAAAGGGUCGCGCUGCUCUUGAGGAGAAGUUGGACGCUGUCCAACGCACGCAGGAUUUGAUCUUGGAGUUGCUGAGGCAGGAGCCAUCGUAGGAGAUAUAUCUAUAUCUACGCGAGUGGUACCUUUCGGGAGUUCUGUAUGCUCUCAUUCUUUUUGUCUUUGUCUUUUCAUCGAUACCAUCAUUAGUAUUAGGCUACAUUGCAGUCUUAAAGGGGGAAUAAACCCCGAGGACAGAUUGCUUCUGGAGUUUUAGGAAUGUCUAGGUUAUCAUGGUCGUAAUGAAUCAAUUAAUGUUUUUUAUUUCCACUGUCCGAAUUCGAAAUUGAUUCGAUGGCAGAAUAUUACAUUCAUUCCUCAAAAGGCCCUGG